AUGUUUCACCGCGAAUACACCAACUCAAAUAUAUCAUACAAAUAUGCGAGUAGUACAGAAAAUGAAGAUAGUGAUUCUAAUAGCCGAGAUCCAGGUCGAGAAAUUAUCCAAAAGAACGUUCGAAGUCGCUUACAACGCAUUGCCAAUCAAACAAAAGAAGAAUUAGAUAAAGUUCUUAAACGUGUUGAUACGACAUUGAACAACUAUGAAUAUUCGGUUCAAUCGUCGUUAAUUCAACAUGGAAUGCCACGUGAUGAUGUUUCAAAUGUUGAAUAUGUUACUGAUAUAAAAGAAUUAGAAAGCUUAUUGAAUGACAGUUUAGCUAAACAACGAUACAAACAACGUUUAACAAUUUUCAUUGUUGGACAAACGGAAAAGACCGAAGAAAAAAUUCAACUUCUUCAACAAAUCGGCCAAUUUUUUAUCGAGCAAAAACAAAAUUUUAGUGCAAAAGAAUUUUAUAAUUACGAUGAAACAACUGAAACACAAAAUGAAAUCGAUCAAGCACUUAAAUCAUUCGAUGUUAAAGAUUGUUUUGUUCAUGUUAAACAAUUAGGUACACAAUUAAAUGAACUUAAUGAACAAAUUAUAGAAUAUUUAGUUCAAACUGCUGUUGCAAAACAACAAGCAAAAGGAAAAAAGAAAGCAGUUCAGAUUUCAAAAGAAAUCAAAGAACAACUAAGUAAUCUUCAAUCAAAAUUAGACCAAGCAAAUACAGAAAUAACAAAUAGAGAUGAUCAAAUUCAAUGCUUAGAAAGAGAAGUUGAUCAACUACGUCACGAAAUAGACAUGAAUCAGAACAAUCAAAGAAUAUUAAAUGAUGAAUUGAAUGAAUGUAAAAUAGAACUUAAAUCUUACAAAGAUCAUACUAAAGAAUUAGAAAAUAGUAUUCAACAAUAUGAAUAUCAAAAAAAUGAUUCGGAAACAGUUCAAUCUGUUAUUUCUCAUUCGAAUGCAGAAGAUACUACUGGUACAAGAACAACAAAUGAAACAACCGAAGACAAAGACAAUAAACUUGCACCAAUAAGUGUUUCAAUUCAAACAGACAACGAAGAAGUGAAAUCAACGACUUUUUCUGAUAAAGAAAUACAAACAGUUGAUCAGACAAAAGAAAUCAUCGGUCAUAGUGAACACGUAGAUUCUAAUAAAAUAGAAGACAUGUCAGAUCUUAACUUAUUAUUUAAAUCAACCGAUGGAAUAGAUUUGAAUAAUGUCACAAACGAAAAUUUACCCACAGUAUUCGCAAGUCUACGAAAUUUCAUAGAGGUACAAAAACAAUCAGAAGAUACAUCGACUCAAUUAAAUGUUGACGAACAAAACCCAUCUCAAGAAGCAUUGAAUCAGCUACAAUUACUCAAUAGUGAAACAGCGACAUUGGGUAUCAGUGACGGAAAUGAAUCUAUUAUAGAAUGUCCGCCAGCAUCGUUAGUCGAGGAAGAAAAACUUGAAGUAAAUCAAGUUUCAAAACAAGCUAAUAUUGAUGUAUUAUCUUCAACAACUAUGCAUGAAAAGAUAUCAUUAGGAAACAUUCCUGAAAACAAAGAUGAAACUGAUGAAAAUCAGUCAACGAUCGAACAAGAUCAACAAGAACAAACAUCAGAGAGAAGCUCUCGGCACGGAUCAGAACACACAGAAAUCACAAUAUCAGGAACGGAAACAGAUCAAUUCAAAGUUGGAUUUUUCUAUGUAUAUGACAUCAUCUAUAAAUUUCGUCACGCAAUAACAAAAUUACUUGAAAAAUAUAAAUUCACAUUCUUAGCUGAUCGUCUACAAAUAAUUCAACAACUAUCAUCUGGUAGCCAUGCAACAAAUGACUUCAUUAAAAAUUCCGAAUGCGUACUGAAAGAUACAGUUAAAAUUUUACAGAUAUGUCUGACAACAUUACAAACAACAAUCAAUGAAUAUCAAAUAAAACAAAGCUCAAUUGAAAUAGAACCCGAACCCAUCAAAGAAUCGUCCAUCAUUGAUAAUCAACAAUCAUUGAUUCUUCAAGAAAAAGAACUUACAAUAGCUGACUUAACCGCUAAAUAUGAACAUGCAACAAGACUUUUAAAUGAAGCAAAUAAAAAACAUAAAGAAGCAUUAGAUGAAAAUGAAAAUCUCAUUCUUGAACAAAAAAAAUUAAUAAGAAGUCUUCGCCAUGAAAUAUUACAUCUUCAAAAACGUCUAACAAAAGUCGAAGCUGAAGGUAUAAUGGAGCCGAGUAUUAUGUUUACGCGUCUUGAUGCCGAAAGAAAUGAACAAACACUUCAACAUGCCGUUUAUAAAGGAAAAGUACCUGAAGAAACAUAUACCGAAUUGAAUACAGCAAUGACAGAUUAUAUUCGUUUGCCAUCUCAACAAUUUGGUAAUCUCGUUAAACGAUAUAUUCAAUUUCGGAAAGCAAUUGAAAUUGAAAAUCGUAUUGCAAAUUAUGUUCGUGAUCAUGGAAGAAAACGUUCUCUAGAAAAAAUAGAAACGUUUCAUGAAAGACGGUCAAAUCAAAUCGGUGCGCUUAUAUCACAUCUUCGCCAACAGCGAGCUUUCUUAGCAAGAACAAUAACAGAAAAAUUUGAUAGUUUGGAAAAUGAAUCCAGCAUAUUUUUAAUACGCCCACUGUAUUCGUAUCGAGGACGAACUGCCACUCAAUCCUAUAUGCAAUAUGACAAAUGUCGACGAGAAGCAUUAUUAACUCCAAAUGCAACAAAGAGAAAACAUUAUACCAGUCGACAAUCAAUGCAAUCACAAUCGACAAGUAGUCACACAGAUGGAGAUCAACAGAUGUUGACACAGCUACCAACAAUGAAUUCACCAUACGACGACGAACCACAAUUUAAUAUUGAAACUAGUUUUCCUGUACCUUCGGUGGCACCGACAGGUCAACAGAAUAAUUCAACUGGUAUCAAUACUGAUGAUGGAAGUGAACCUGUACAAUUAAAUGAAUUAACUCGAUUACAAGAACUGGAUAUUCAACGAUCAUUAAUGCCUAUGUCUCAUGCUAGUACACCUCUUCUAUCUGCUUUUAGUAAAAAUGGAAUCGACCCAUGUGUACCAUCACUGAAUUUACGUUCGUAUGUUGCUUUAACAAGACCUGGUAUAGGCAAUGAUCGAAUAAGAAAACCGACGGAAACUAUCGUUCGUGUCUCACGAGAAAGUGUUUCUACUUUAUCAGGAAAAAGUCGAGAACGAAAUCCUCGUACACCAUACAAUUCGACCGCUGGUGAUUUGAAACGAAAUAAUUCUCCGUUGCCACUGAUUAAACGACCAUUGAUUUCGAAUAUGACAGUUUCUGUUCAUGAAAAACAACACGGUGCAUUUGUUCCAUCUCUUAAUACAAAUGAAGUUUCUACUACAAACUAA